AACAUUAGUCAUCUCCCUGGUUUUAAUUGUCUUGUUAGGUGGCAGUAUGCACCUAUUUGGUUGGUUCGCAACCCACUGAAGAAGAAGGUGCAGUAAGAAUCGGAAACUACGUCACCGCAGGGUAAAGCUACUUCCGCUACGGGUUUGCGGCUAUUGCUUUAGUUUGCAUUUGCCUCUAAUAAUGCUUCUUGCAUCUUCUGUAUGGUCUGUUUUCCUACAUGUCACAACAUGAUAUACACAGAAAUUAUUUAACAUCUUUUUCCGAGUGAUUCAGUUAGUCAGGCCGCAGUCUAUAUUCAUUCAACCAUCUCUCUCCUCUCAUCACCGUAUCAUGGGAAAUACAUUUUAAAAAGCUAUAUAUACUCCCAGCACAGAUGCAAAAAUACAAAUAAAAUAUGUCUAACUGAACCUCGUAUGAAAUUCCCCAAAAAUUAAAUGCAGUUCAAGUAAUCAAAAUUAGUAAUGAAAACAAUAUUGUCAUGUUUACAUUUUAUUUACCUAUUUUCAUAAAUUAUAUACAAUGAACAGUAACCCCGCCAUCCCAAUGAAAGAUCAACAGACAGCAAUAAGAACUGUGCAAUAAACGAUGUAUUUUAUACUUAUAAUAACAACAACGUGUACAUAACGUGGCAUAAGCACUACAUCAAAUAUUACAGUGCAGGUUUACAGACUUUAGGACGAUGAUCAGCAGCCAUAACAGAUUAACAGAGUAAGAAUAUUAGCUACAUUUAUCCAAAAAAAAUAAAAUAAAAAAAAGAAAGAAAGAAAAAAAAAGAAAAAUGAAAAAAGAGGAGAAAAAAAAAUUCUUACAAAGAAACGGUCAGGAAAUUUCUAUUUUUCCUGAACAUUUCAGUAAUGGUUCCAUUCUUGUAUUUAUAAGGAUGAUAAAAUGACAAUUAAAAAAAAAAUCUUGUUUGGGCAUUUGAGCCGUGUGCUAUUUAAAAAAAAAGAAAAAAAGAUGCACCUGUGUAUCUGAGCUGGAUUGGCUUCAUGAAAUGAAAAGCACAGAGUUUAAUCCCGAAUGCCCACUCGAACAUUAACUUUAUCCCACUCAGUUUUAUGACUGUGUUAAAAGCAUGUGAAUGAGAUGUAAUAUUGGAGAGAGAUGAUGACAAAAGUGUCCCUGUUUAUGAAAGUGUCCAUGGUGCGAGCGAUCAGAUGCGCUGCUUCUCAUUCUGUUCAGGGAGUGGAGCAAGCUGCCGAUUGUUCUCCGCACACAACAUGCUCUUUUCACUUGCGAUAAUGCAGAGCUGACCCAAACAUAUGACACAGAGAACGAAAUGACAGCGAAUUCACAAGUUAUUUAUUACCGGUGUAGUCUAGGGCUAUUAGCAGCUCGAAUUUCUCACUGAAUAUGCUGGAUUCUGUCACGUUAUGGCUUCCUCAGAGUUGUCAGAAUGUUCUUUUACCAUAAUCAAGCUCGUAACUAGAGCUCUGUAGAGUCGACAACAAAGCAAAAAGUCAGAUCAAACAUUCACACGCCAUUUAAUUUGUGUGAAGGCUUUGAUUUCUGCAGAUCUUACGUUUCAAAGGCCGUUGUUGAUACCGGAAGUAAGUUUACCCUGCGAGGGGCACCCACGGAAGCGAGAAAGGCGGAAGUGUGAAAAAGGUCUAUUUCAUCCAGUGCUAAGUCGCUUUGUCCUGGUUCAGCCACGAGAGGGAUUCACCUCUAGUCUCAACAAGACCUCUUCUACAGCUCAUCGUCAAAGAUUAACUAGAUGAUAGAAUAGACACCAAAAGGCAAAGGUUUCUUCAUAAUGGAGCAAAGUUUGCCAUCUGUGCUGUCCCUCAUGCAAACAAACUCUGAAGAUAAAAUGAGCAGUACGCUUCCUUCCAAUAAUCAAGAACCAGUUUCAUUGCACUGUGUGAGUGGAUUCUUAAAAGGGGAAAAUGACACAUUGACAAAUACAGUGAUAAUACAAUCAGAGUUCAGUCAGUCAUACAUUCCCCAAACACAAGUAAAAAUGGAAUAUGAUCAAGAUGCCUCUUCAUUGGUUGAUGUGAACAUAAUAGAAAUGUCCCCUCAUUCUCAUGGUGGUGCGACAGAGGAGUUCCUGGACCUUGGUUUACAAGUUAUGAAGGAAGUGCCUGAUGAUGUAACAACUGGUCUAAUACCUCCAGUUGAGAUGGAUGAUGAGUUUGAAAGGAACACUCUUGCUUUUUCUGAUAAACCUCUGAACAGAAGAAAAAAAGUAGCAGAAAGAAGUGCUGCAUCCAGAAAAAGAAAAACAACUGAGAUAAAUUGUGAUGCAUCAAUCCAAGGAAUGAAAUGUUCAACAGAGCAGUUGUUGUCUGUGGUGCACAGAAUUGUUGAAAGAAAUACAGCUGAGCUUUUGGGAACAGUUGGAGAAGAAUAUGAAUCCAUCGCCUCCCCAGAUUCAGAAUCUGAGCUCUCCGACAGUGAUGGCCCAGAAUGUAGCAGUUCCGCAGAUGUGACAGUGGGUCAGGAAAUAGUGGGAGCAGUUGGCAGUACAACGGACUUUGAGUACUCCUCUGCAGAAUCCUGUGAUGAAGAGAGCAAAGAUCACUUGAGUCGACAGAGCAAUAGUGAAUCUUAUUGGAGUAAAGAUCCUCCUCCUCAAAGUGAAACCAGAAGCUCUACAUCAAGGAGCUGUCCAGGACACGCACUAGGACCAUCAGUAGUAACACCUAAAGAUGCCUGGGAACUUUUCAUCAGUGAAAACAUCAUUGAUGAGAUCCUUCGAUGCACCAACUUGGAAGGACAAAGAGCAGCAUCAGCAAAAGGUAAAUUGUGGAAAGAGGUCACUAAAGAAGAGCUAAAAGCCUUUAUUGGUCUGACACUCCUUAUCGGUAUGGAGAAAAGUGAGGAUGUCCCAACACAGGAGCUGUUUCUGGAUCCAUUACAGAACCCACUUUAUAAAGCUACCAUGUCGGGCGGACGAUUUGAGGACAUUGGCAGAUACCUGCGAUUUGAUGACAAGAGAACCAGAGUAGAAAGAGAGACAUCCGACACAUUGGCAGCCUUCAGAUAUGUGUGGGAUCUGUUCCUAAUCAACUGUAGAGAAAGGUUCAUCCCUAGUGAUUGUGUCACUGUUGGUGAACAGCUUGUGUUAUUCAGGGGCAGGUGCAAGUUUCUGCAAUUCAAGCCAGGUCCGCCUGCCAAAUAUGGCAUAAAAAUCUUUUGGAUGUGUGAUGCCAGAGUCCCAUAUGCUAUUGACGCUGUCAUCUACAUAGGAAGACUGCCAGGAGAGGUGAACCCUGCAGAGAACACUGUCCUAAAGUUGUCCAGUGGACUCCAGGAAACGGGUCUCAACAUUACAAUGGGCAACUACUUUACCAGUGUCCCUCUGGCAGAGAAGCUUCUUGAGAGAAAUUUGACCAUGGUUGGAACCCUUCACCAUAAUAAUCCAGAUGUUCCACCAGUCAUGUGGCCAUCCAAGUUACGAGCACUUUAUAGCUCUGAGUUUGGUUUUUGUGGCAACAUGUCCAUGGUGAGCUAUGUGCCGCAGUUAAAAAAGGCAAAGAUCCUGUUAAGCACCAUGCAUACCAGCAAAGCGCUGGAUAAAACAAGUGCUAAGAACAAGCCAGAGGUCAUCCAGUACUACAACCUCACCAAAGGAGGAGUCGACAGUGUUGACCAAAUGACCCGGAAUUAUACCUGCAGACGCAAAACAGGGAGAUGGCCCACAUUGCUGUGGUAUAAUAUGUUGGAUGUUGCUGUUGUAAACUCCUACUCCAUUUUUAUUGCUCAGCACCCCAACUUCUUGUCAAGUGGUCAUAGCAUGCAGAGGUUGUUCAUGAAGGAACUGGUGAAAGAGCUUGUAAUGCCUCAAAUGCAUAGGCGUUGCGAAGAAACCCCAAAGUUACCCAAGACCAUCCUUGAGGCCAUGAAAAUAUGUGGGGUAGUAAAAUCAUGGCCAGGUAUAACCAGUCAGCUCCAAGAACAGAGCGACCUGCGGAAAAACAGAAAGAGAUGUUCUUACUGUCGAGCUACAAGAGACAGAAAAGUGAGCACAACCUGUUCUCAUUGCAGUGCCCCUGUCUGUAAAGACCACAGUGGCAUGUUGGUGAUUUGCUGCCAAUGCAUGCACUAAGAUCCACACACAGACGUAGUUCAGUGUUUCAACGUUUGUGUAGGUUCUGUACUGUUAGACUAUAAUACUGACAUGUUAGAUUUAAAAGUAAUGUAUUUGAAUCUUGUUCUGAAAGAUUUAAAUGGUUAUUGUAAAAAUUGUUUAUUUGAUUAUAUACAAGAAAUUGUAAAAGGCAGUUUUAGGAAUAAUAUGCAUCUUAUUGAAUUCCAAAUACAUUCUUGGGGUACAAUUAACUAUGCAUUUUAGGGUUAAGAUCCAUUAGGUGAAUGAAGUUUUAGAAAGUGGUGCAGAGGAUGAGUAUCUUAACACCACAAGGUGGAGCACAAAUCAGUUUGCCACUGAAUACUGUAGAUACCACAGGUGAGUCAAUCAAACAUUGAAAUGCUUAUGAAUCCAUUAGGACAUGUCAAAACCCUCCUGCUUUCGACUGGUUUUGCAAAAUGCAGCCUUUUUUUAUUCUGGGUUUAUUUUUUAAUGUAUUUAUUUGUUUUAUGUUUUAUUAUUACCUACUCAAUUUCAUCAUAAAAUCAGUUGGAUACAUUACAAAUGUUCAUUCUUCCACUUUCUUCUUUAUUCUCUUUAGGAGUUUUUAGCCUUCUUGAGCACAUGACUAGGAAAUAUGGGGCAUUUCCCUGGGAUCUGUUUGUGGGGUUACCACUCAAGAAUCUCACCCCUGUUGCUAAACAAACAAAGCCAUUUGCUUACAUCAGCCUAUUGGCUUCUUUAAUGUGUUUUGUUUCACAUAUACUUCUGUGUAUUUAAGGGAUAGCUACAGCCAUGUGGACUGGUGUUAAUCAAAUAAUAUUUUCCAGGGGGAGAUUUUUAAGGUGUUUUGAUGAUUUUCUCUAUGCCAAUAUUAGGAGUACAACACUUGACAGUGUUUUCUUUUAUUUAAUUAAUAUAUUGGUAUACAACCCAAAUUUAAUUUUUGAAAUAGAUUGUGCAGUACAGUUUCUUU